UCUGUCUUUGUUUGGCACUCUUUCCUGCUCCUUCCAGAACUGAUGAGUAUUUAGAAGUCAAACGACAAUGGCACAUCUCAUCAAGUCACAAGUGUUGACUUGUGACAGGUUGUUUCUUGGGACUCUCAGAAGAGUUGAUGGAGAGGAUGGAUCUGCCUUGGCAUAGCUGCUUGAGCUGUACCUGCUGCAGGGGACCAGGCACCAGCUGGUGCCACACCCUGUAUCUUAGAGAUGAGGAAGGCUUCAAUUAGGCUGGACCUUGAGCCCAAGGCUAGAGGUUUUCCUUCUUGACUCUUAAUGCAGAGAAUCCCGCCAGCUAGAAGUACAGAUGGGAAACAGCAGGAGUCACCCGGGGCAGGGUCUCAGCUCACAGUUUCUUCCUGAGGAGCAGGCCGAGAUUGACAGGUUGUUUGAUGCUCUGUCAUCGGAGAAACCCAGCUCAAAUACGUCACCCAGAUCCUUCUCUCUGCAGGCACUGAAGAAUCAUGUUGGGGAAGCACUCCCCUCGGAGAUGGUCACCAGACUAUUUGAGGGCAUGCGGAGGGUUGACCUGAUGGGGAAGGUAAAGGGGCCUAGUGAGAAUGUCUCCCAGGAGCAGUUCACAGUGUCCAUGUCCCACCUGUUAAAAGGAAACUCUGAGGAGAAGAGUCUCGUGAUCAUGAAAAUGAUUUCUGCCACAGAAGGUCCCGUGAAGGCAAGAGAAGUCCAAAAGUUUACAGAGGAUCUGGUUGGCUCUGUGGUACACGUGCUAAACUACAGACAGGAGCUGAGAGGCUGGACUCAGAAGCAAGCCCUAGGUUCCCUGCCCAGGGUGCAGGUGCUGGCUGCUCAGCUGAUCUCCGAGAUGAAGCUUCCAGAUGGCGAGAAGCUUCUGGGGCCUGAGCAGCUGGCACAUGACUGUGACCGAGCGGUGAUCGAGGACUGGGUGUUCAGAACCCCCCACGUGGCCAUGUUUCUGAGCGUGGUCAUCCACAGAGGCUUUCUCCUGCGCUUGUCCCUCGAUUUGGCUACCCUGAUCCCUGAGCGCCAAGUGGACCUGGGGCAGGAGUUUGCAAGCAUCCUGGAUGUCCUAUCCGUUGUCUACAUCAACUCCCACCUGCCCAGGGAGUGGCGGCACCGCUGGCGCCUGCUAUUUGCGUCCGAGCUCCACGGGCACAGUUUUGCCCAGCUCUGUGGGCGCAUCACACACCAGGGGCCCUGUGUCAUGCUGCUGGAGGACUGCGACAGCCAUGUGUUUGGUGGCUUUGCCUCCUGCUCCUGGGAGGUCAAGCCUCAGUUUCAAGGGGAUGACAGGUGCUUCCUGUUCUCCAUCUUCCCCCGCAUGGCCGUGUAUACCUGCACGGGCUACAAUGACCACUAUAUGUACCUGAAUCACGGGCAGCAGACCAUCCCAAAUGGACUGGGCAUGGGCGGGCAGCACAGUUACUUCGGGCUGUGGAUCGAUGUUGAUUUCGGGAAAGGACACAGCAAGGCCAAGCCCACUUGCACCACGUACAACAGCCCUCAGCUGUCGGCCCAGGAGGACUUCCGGUUCGAGAGGAUGGAGGUGUGGGCGGUGGGAGACGCCUCGGUGACACAGCCGGUCAAGAGCAGCAAGAGCAUUCUGGACGUGGACCUUGAGGCCCAGAGCCUGUUGGAGAUCAGUGGGCGGAGUCGCCACAGUGAAGGGCUCCGGGAGGUCCCAGAGGAGGACCAGUGAUGGGGAGCCCCCAGCGUGGGCCUUCCUUGAGCUGGAGCACAGCGCCCCCAGAGAGCGCACAGCCUGAAAACCCUCCCCCACCCCGAGCCGGCUUAACUUUAACAUAACGUGUGCUGGUCAUGUCCAGGUGGUCCUGGUGUGCUUAAUCAGACAAAGUAAAGUUCCUCUGAUGCCGUCCAUCAAUUAGUGGGUGUACCUGCUCCAGAAAUCCUUAGUGUCACAUUAGCAACUUGAUUCUUACACUUCUCUCAUUUCGUAUGGAUGAGCUCAGAAGAAGCUGAGACCUGCUGGGAUUAGCUAGUGUGUGUUGGGCAUUUGGGUUCUUGCUGUUGGAGGGAGGGGACCCACCCGCCAGGAGUCGCUUGGCCUCUGCUCAGGCCUCCCAGGCCAAAGCCCUGAUGUUCCAUUUCUACUGGUAAAGGGCAGUGAUGUGAAUCUGGAUGCUUUGGGGAACAGCUUCCUAUGACAUGAAAUUUCUGUAUUUUUUAAAAAGCACUAACAGUGUACUAAUGGGGGAAAUAGCAGAGGGUUUUGAGGAUAACAGUAGCAUGGGGCUUCAGUAGGUAGUGAAUUAUCCCUAUUGACAGAGCUCUUCAAGAAGCUUUCACAUCUGCUUUUUCAGUUUUUAAAUGACUCUGUGCUGUGAGCAAAGGGGAAAACUGGGAGAGCUACAGAGAAGCGAAGUCGGGGUGCUCUUACUGAUUUAAAUAUGGGGACACUCGGGGCCCUAAGGCUGAGAGUCCUGUUCGUACGUGUACUGCUGGCCGUAGGAGUUAGUGGUCGAGAAACCUGCGUGGGCUCCUGAAUUCCUGGUGCUGCCCCCAGAGGGGAGGAUGGGUAGUGGAUUUGCUUUCAGCAAACCCCAGCGAUCCGUAAACGGUAAGGAAGAUGGGCCACCUCCCGUCCAGUCCCUCCGAGGCAGUCUGAAGAAACUCCAAGGGCUCAUCUCCAAGACGUGUGCCUCUGCCUUUGCCUUUUGCUACACGUUAAUCUUCUGCAGAUCUGAUGAAAAUGCUGCAUUAUUAGAGUUUGCCUCAAUUAUAAGCCAUAGUAAACAGAACUGUUCGCAUUUUGCAGGUUCUGCAUUUUCUACCAGGAGGCUGAUCAAACUUUGCAGUUAACCCUGAGCUGAAGGCCUUGCUAAUUAGCCUUCAGAGGAGCCGUGCGAGCUCAGGUGGUGUUCCCAGGGACAGCCACAUGAUGCCCGCAGACUUGGCCGUGAUUGAUUUUCCCUAUAAAAAAGCCAGUUUUUUUUAAUAGCUUCUCAGGUACAUUAUGUGACUUCCUAACUGAUGGGAAGCAGAUAUAGCAUAUUAGGAUCCUCGGAUAUCCUUUCUGUAAUCUGGAGAAUUAGGUCCUGAGUCUUCAGUUUGUUAUGGAAUGUUUUUGUCUUUUUUUAUAAAAAUGCAAUGAAAUAAUACCUCUGUAAUAAAAGAUCCAUUGAAUACCACUUACCACUGCCUCUGUGGCUGUCAGAGAGGCUAGGUGUGUCUGCCGGCCUACUUUCUGCUUUGAGCCUCUUCUAACAAGAGUGCAGGAGAGGGUAUAGCUCAGUGGUAAGAGUGUGUGCUUAGUGUGCACGAGGUCCUGGGUUCAAUCCCCAGUACUGCCAUUAAAAAAAACCUUUUUAAAAAUUUAUAAAUCUAAUUAUAUUUAUAAAUACCCCCCACCAAAAGUGCAGAUCACACAUAGAGGCCUGACUGUUUCACUUACACGCGGAAAGGAGGACCCCCAGCCCAGGCUUUUGGUCACCUGGGGGACACUGUCCUUGCGGUGGACGUGGUGUGGCCAUGUGACUCCCCAUUAGGUGUGGUUCUGAGCACACAAGCUAGUUUGGUGUCAGCCAUGCCUGGGGCCAUAGGACCCUAGGACAUGAAGAGUUUGUUCUCUGAUAAAAUGGAAAUAAGAAUUCAGGUUGUAAGGCUCCAUAUCCACCCAUUUGUUCUUAUUGUGUAACGUACCACGAGAAUAGACGGACGCCCCAUCCUUUCUAGGAGCGAGCAUCCUGGCUGGGGAUGUUCUGUUUGUAGCGAAUCGUUGCUGGGGUGGGUAUCCUUUGUCUUGUGUGUGUCUUGGUGUGCUUUUGUCUGAGGAUAAACUCUUUGAAGCUGAAUUAUUGGCUCAGAAGGUACAGGCUUUUUAAUUUACAUAUUAACAAGCUAACAAACCUCUUUCAAUCUCAGUUUAUGCUUCCAAAUCUUGGAGUGCCCGUUUGCCUUGUUUUCACCAACACUAUAUUAAAAUUUAGUUUUUGUUUACCUGAUACCCAAAACCCAUAAUUUUAUUUUUAUUUCUCUUAUGAAUGACAGUGAACAGCUUCAUCUUUCAAAACCCAUCUGCAUCAUAUCCUUCACCUGGUUUUCUAGGGUCUGGGUCUUAAUGAUUUGCAAGAGUGCUCUUUUGAAUGUAGCAAAAUAGCGUUUGCUGUGUAUGGUAAAUAUUGUUUCCAGUUUGUCUGACUUUAUUUUUCUGUACAUAAAUUUUGCAUUUUAUGUCAUCAUAUUUGCUAGCAUUUUCUCUUAAGUCUCCUGAGAUUUGUGAUCUGCUGAGGAAGUUUUUCUCCACUCUGAGAUUUUAAAAAAAAAAUCCAUCUUUUCUUCUACUACGUCUGUGCUUUCUACUUAGAUGUCUAAAUCUUUGAUCCAUUCAAAAUGUACUUUAAAAUAUACCUUUAUCUUACCCCCAAAUAAAUCCCAAUACAUUUUAUAUUAAAUAGCGUGUCUCUUUCCCACCGACUUAAAAUGCCACUUUCUCAUAGACUGUAUUUCUAUAUGAAUUUAGAUCUCUGUCAUGUUUUAAUUAUCGGAGUUUUAUGAUUAAAAGAUGUAAGAGCUA